CAUGCCUCUGCCUUGAUGGCGGCACUUUCCGGCGCGUUCGUGUGGGACGAGGAGAGGAUCCAGGAGGAGGAGUUGCAGAGAUCCAUUGAUGAGAUGAAACGGUUGGAGGAAAUGUCAAGUACAUUUCGGAGCUCUGGAGUUGACCACCACCCUCCAGAACCAAAAUCCCAAACAGAAAGGGAUGAAGAUUCAGGAGGCAAAGAGCACCUGUGGGAAAUGGGGAUGGAUAAGAAACACUUCAAGCUGUGGCGGCGCCCCAUUACAGGCACCCCCCUUUACCAGUACAGAGUUUUUGGAACCUACACAGAUGUGACACCUCGGCAGUUCUUCAGUGUUCAGCUGGAUACAGAGUAUAGAAAAAAGUGGGACGCCCUGGUGAUCAAGCUGGAAGUGAUCGAGAGGGAUGUGGUGAGUGGUUCUGAGGUUCUUCACUGGGUAACCCAUUUUCCUUAUCCAAUGUACUCAUGGGAUUAUGUUUAUGUUUGGCGGUAUAGUGUGGAUGAGGAAAACAACGUGAUGGUGUUGGUGUCACGGGCCGUGGAGCACCCUAGUGUGCCAGAGUCUCCAGACUUUGUAAGGGUCACAUCAUAUGAAUCCCAAAUGGUUAUCCGUCCCCACAAGUCAUUUGAUGAAAAUGCCUUUGACUACUUGCUGACGUACAGUGACAAUCCCCAGACGGUGUUUCCUCGCUACUGUGUGUGUUGGAUGGUUUCCAGUGGCAUGCCAGAUUUCCUGGAGAAGCUGCACAUGGCCACUCUGAAAGCCAAGAACAUGGAGAUCAAAGUAAAGGACUAUACCUCAUCUAAGCCUCUGGAAGUGGGUAGUGAAACCAAGGCCACCGCCCCAUCUUCUGAGCAGAAGAGCGAGGGUAGCUGUGGCCCUGCCCGGAUUGAGUACGCCUGAAGGACUUUCAGAUAAGCAGGGACAGGCUGCUUCUAGCCCCGUCUCCGUGUCUUAUCACUCACUCUGUUGCAGAACAAACAGGACGUGUAUUUGAAGGUGUCUGCUGUAACCACCAGUGCAAGAUAAUUCAAUACUGGUGUCUGGUCUUGUUCAGAGCCCUACUACACUUUAUUAAAACAGAAGAAGGAGGCAUCCGAGGGGGCAUCGUCAUAUUCUCAGGCCAAGCAUUUGGAAAUUUGGUGUUUCGCUGAGCUAAUCUGGAACAAGCCUCUCACCUCAGGCCAGAGGGGACAACAUCUUUUACUUCCUCUGUGUGGUUUCCUCUGCCCACAUUCCAUUCUCAGCCUCGGUUCUGCAGCACUCUGGGUUUCCUUCGGUUCUGAAGGUCCAGCUGGCCCACCUGGACGGUUGCGUCUUCAGUGAGGGAUAGUGGGGGGUGCUCUUGCUCACAGUCCUGGUGUUGAGUGGGUGUGAACUGUUGCUUGGCAGUGUAAGUGCCUUGUCCUCACCUUCUCCUGUCUUUAGGGACAUAAAGUUUGUACCAAGAAAUAUCACUCUUGGCCUCCCGUUCACACCCCAUUGACUCCCUCUACCCAGA